AUGGACAUAUUACAUGUCGCACCACGCACACAAGAGGAGCUCAUUGCAUGCCUGACUAAUGCGUUUGAUAACCAUGAGUUCUACGUAUGCCAGAUCCCCGAGGAUUCACCCUGCGUUGAUCGUGGCUUCUGGAUGCAAAUUCAAGGAUAUUUCCCUGGGCCUGGGUUUGAUUUGAUUGAGAAAGCUGCAAGGAGACAUGUCGAUUUGCUGGAACAACUUGUUGAAGCUAAGUUUUUCUAUCGAAUGUUCUGA